UGAUUAUCUUAUGUCCUUUCUUUAGCUUCAUGCUCAGCGGUGGCCAUUUGAGGAUUCUAAUUUCGGGCUGUUUCUUUGCAAAUUCCUCCCCUUUAUACAGAAGGCAUCAGUGGGCAUCACAGUCCUCAAUCUCUGUGCCCUUAGUGUGGACAGGUACAGAGCAGUUGCCUCCUGGAGUCGUGUUCAGGGAAUUGGUGUCCCCAUGAUCACUGCUAUUGAAAUUUUCUCCAUUUGGAUUCUCUCCUUUAUACUGGCUAUUCCAGAAGCAAUCGGUUUUGUCAUGAUAUCUUUCAGAUACAAAGAUGAAAAUCAUAUUACCUGCAUGCUCAAUGCUACAAACAAGUUUAUGAUGUUUUACAAAAACGCAAAGGAUUGGUGGCUGUUUGGAUUUUAUUUCUGUGUGCCACUAGCAUGUACUGCUGUCUUUUACACACUAAUGACUUGUGAAAUGUUAAACAGAAGGAACAGCAAUUUGAGAAUUGCCCUCAGCGAACAUCUUAAGCAGCGUCGAGAAGUUGCAAAGACAGUUUUCUGUCUGGUAGUGAUUUUUGCCCUUUGCUGGUUUCCUCUCCAUUUGAGCCGAAUUUUGAAGAAAAUGGUAUACAAUGAAAGGGACCCUAACAGAUGUGAACUGCUCAGUUUCUUGUUGCCACUGGAUUACAUCAGCAUUAACCUGGCAACCAUGAACUCUUGUAUAAACCCCAUAGCUCUCUAUUUUGUGAGCAAGAAGUUUAAAAACUGUUUCCAGUCAUGUCUCUGCUGUUGCUGCUACCGAUCCAAAAGUCUAGUGACUUCAGUGCCAAUGAAUGGAACAAGCAUUCAGUGGAAAAACCAUGAACUAAAUAACCACAAUACAGAUCGAAGCAGCCAUAAGGACAGCAUAAACUGAGACUGAAGGACACUGAGACCACUUCAGAAUCCAGGAGGAAAAAAUGUCGCAUGAAAGUUGUUUAAGAGGGAAUCCACUGAGUGUUCCACAAAAUAUAAUCCAUUCAGAAGUUCUUUGCCCUUCUACCUAAUUUCAGAGGUGAUUUAAUGGAUUGACUAUAAAUUUAAAGAUCUGCAAAUUGGGAUCCUCUUGACAAUGUUGCUGUCUCUGAAAAUUACAUUCACCUUCUUAAUGAAAAAUGAAAGACUCAGUCAGCACUGUGCAGGAUGUUUGCAAUCUUUGACCCAAGCAGGAAGUGUCCAGUGUGUACCUGGUACCCAGCAAUCUUUUUACUUGAUAGUCAAUUAGAAUUAGUCACCAUGGGAUUUUCAGAGGAUGUUGAAUGUGGAAUCUGUGAGGAUAUAGUUUAUCUCUGUCUUUCUGCCACUUUUUAAAGGAAACAUUUAACUGAGUUAGGGUUACCAUUCGUCCGGAUUCCCCCGGACAAGUCCGGCUUUUUUGAGUUAAAAAUAGCGUCAAUGUCCGGACUUCCCCCCCAUGCAGAGCGUGC